AUGUCUGGGGGCUUCGAGCUGCAGCCGCAAGACGGCGGCCCUCGGGUAGCCCUGGCGCCAGGGGAGACGGUGAUCGGUCGCGGGCCGCUGCUGGGAAUAACAGACAAGAGAGUGUCCAGGAGACAUGCCAUUCUUGAGGUGGUGGGUGGUCAGCUUCGGAUCAAACCGAUACACACAAACCCAUGUUUUUAUCAGUCCUCUGGGAAGAGCCAGCUAUUACCAUUGAAGAUAAAUCUAUGGCGCUGGUUGAAUCCUGGAGAUUGUUUUUCUUUGUUAGUUGACAAGUACAUUUUCCGUGUUUUCUCAACACACUCUGAAACAGAAAUGGAAUGUACUUUAAGAAACAGUCAGAUGCUUGAAGAAGAUAAUACAUUGGAUGAAACAUCAAAACCCCCAUUGAUUAAUUCGCCUGAUGAGAAAACUGCCGCCCCACAUCUGGAAGAAAGCACAGAAAUAGCCAACACCUCAACUAUGCCUACAAAGAGUGUGUCUGUUGUAAAGGAAUGUGGCGACUUCAGUCAGCAGCAGCCAGAUCUCGCCCAGAGGAGAAGAGUCCUUCCAGCUUGGAUGUUAGCAGAAAAUCUAAGUGAUCAGACCCUUUCAGCACCAGUCAACAGUGGAGAUAAUGAUGUAGUACAGGGAAGUGGAAAAGAAGGAAUCUGCAAAGGUAAAACACAGGUAAACAUAACAGAGCAAGGAAGAAAGCGAUUAAUGUCAUCACGAAGUUCAGAAAGUCUAUCAGCAGAGGAAGACCCAGGAAAAAAGUGCAAAAAUGCUGAUCAGGAAGAGUCUGUUAUUUCAUCCGAGGAAGUGCCACAGUCGUUUUCUGCAGUCACAGUAAGAAGCACAGAGGUGAAUAAUGUGAAGACUAUUACACAGAGAAACAAAAUCCCAGUACAGGAACUUGACAAGAUUUCUGAACAGAGAAUCGUCACUAGAGGAACCCCAAGUCAAAAAGACGAGGCAGUGAGCUGUUCUGAGAGUUGUUUCAGUGCCCAAGGCAGCUCUUCCCAUGAUGAGUCCCCAGGAUCUCAUCCUAAGUCUGACUCUGAUCCCACUAAGCCUGAACCUUCGAAUGCAGAGGCGACUGUUUCAGUUCCACAAGGUUCUGAAGAAGACAAGGCCAAAAGAACAUCCUGCAUGUACGGGGCAAACUGCUACAGGAAGAAUCCUGUCCAUUUUCAACACUUCAGCCACCCUGGUGAUAGUGAUUAUGGAGGUGUACAAGUCAUGUGUCAAGAUGAGGUUGAUGACCGGCCUGAGUGUCCCUAUGGAGCAUCUUGCUAUAGGCAGAAUCCCCAGCACAAGAUAGAAUAUAAACAUAGUACCCCAUCAGUGAGAAGCAAUUUAGAUGAGGAUGAUGAUGAUGUUGGUCAACCCAAUGAGUACGACCUGAAUGACAGCUUUAUAGAUGAUGAAGAAGAAGAAUAUCAGCCAACAGAUGAAGAUUCUGACUGGGAGCCAGGAAAGGAAGACCAAGAGAAGGAAGAUGUUGAAGAGCUUUUGAAAGAAGCAAAAAAGUUUAUGAAAAGAAAAAAGUAACUCUUUUUCUGGAAUAAUUAUGGCAGCACAUUUACUUUGUCUUUCUGGAAAAAAAAAAAUCUAUGGACUAAGGAGGCACUUAAAAAAUAAUUGUUUUCCUCCUUUUAAUAGUUAUGACUUUUGCUAUUGACUCUUUGUAGAUGAAACAUUGAAAUAUCAGUGUAGUGUAUAGAAUUUAGUGUAGUGUAUAGAAUUUAGUGCAGUGGAUAGAAUUUAUUUGUUGCCUUACUUUUUCUAUCCUAAUUAAAGUAUUUGGAAAUAGGAAGUAGACCAUGAAGUUAAAGAGUAAUAACUGAUAUUUUUCAUGUACUUUGUGUGUUAGUAAUAAAAAGUAAAAGCUGUAGGUUUGCACAAACUUUUGGUUUUUUCCUAUUUUCAAAUCUCUCUUUAUAGAACACUAUGUAAAUAUAACCAGGCAAAUUACAUCAUGGAUGGGAAAGCUUGCCUCUUUCAACGCUAUUUAAGUAGUUCUUCAAGCAGAAGCAGGCUUUAAAAAAAGAUGGCCAUCAUAGAAGGGCUUUAAUGUUUUUAGUACCCUAGAUGUGAGCUUGUGACUUCAUUUGCUUUUAUUCUUUGAGCCUUAGGGAAAUUAGUACCAAAUGUAUAUUGAAAACAGGUUCAACUAGGCUAUGGAGGAGAGAUGUUCACCAUGCAGAGAAAGUUACUUUGUUUCCCACACCUACUGUAAUUUACUGUAUGUCUGAGUUUAAAAGUAGAAAGGCUCAAAGAACUGGAACGGUUUUUUUUUUUUUCAAAAAAAAAAAAAAAAAAA